AUGGCUUCAACGUCAGCAGCAACAUGCGGCUUUGCUAUCGGUCAUCAGUUGGCCAUUUCCAUUGUGUUGAUGUCAAUUGCGCUGUUGUCGCCAGGACAUGCAAUGCCACGCCCCUCAGUGGGCGCAAUGCCAGCGCAGUUGGUCUUCAAUGAACUGCUCGAAACCGGACCGGUUAAUGAGGACAAAACCUACUACAACGAGCCGCAACUGAAAUAUCCACAAGAACAGCAACAACUUCUGGCACCCAACUACUUUGUCAAUAAAUGGCCCUCUCUACGCGAUUUGCUCCUAACCGCCGACUAUGACGAUUCCUCAUCUGUGGAGAGUGCUGAACGUGAACGUUAUCCACUGGGCUCCAGAUUACUGGAACGUCUGCAUCAACUGGGCGACAAUGGGGAAGGUUUUGUUAAUACUUUGGAUGACUUGACAGCUGUGAAAAGCAAGAAGCAUAACAAGGUGCAAAGCAACUCCAAACAACACAACAUCAAGAAAAAUGUGCAAUUUCGUAAAAAUUAUAUGUCGCCAUGCCACUUCAAAAUCUGUAACAUGGGUCGCAAGCGCAAUUCCGGCUCCUAUGUGCCAUACUAAUGCGGAACUUUACGAGAGUAUCUAAUAGAACAAUGCCGAAAGUAAUAUAAAAGCAUAUUCACAAUGAAAAACUAAGAAAAAAAAAGAAAAAAACUAAUACAAAUAUGCCAGUCAAGUAUUGUUUACUGUUUAAAAUAGUUGAAUAGCAAAAGAGUUCUCCAGUUUUGAACUCAUAUUAAAUUAUGUUAACAAUGUACUUACCU